AUGGUCUCAGAGAAAGCAAAGGCCGGCCCCGUCUCAUUCGCAGCCGCGACACAAGUCGAGAGACUAGACUCGCACACGUACAAGGUCAACCUCGAUGAUGCAUUCUGCGUCGGCAACGUCCCCAACGGCGGCUACACGGCCUCAUGCAUGCUCGCCGCCGCCCGCGAGCACCUCGCCCCGCGCGACCAGCCCGACACGCUGACCGCGCACUUCGAGUACCCGAGCCGCACGCAGCCCGGGCCCGCGGUCGUCAAAGUCGAGGACGUCAAGAUCGCCGGCCAGCUGUCCACGCUGCACCUGACGCUCUGGCAGGGCGGGCUCGUCGGCAAGGCGCCCUGGAUCACCACGGGCGGUGGCGCCGGUGCCUCGCGCCGCAUCAUCCUCGCCUACAGCACCCACACGAACCUGCGCACCUUCACGGGCAUCUCGCUGCCGACGGGCUUCGAGACGACCGCCGCGGCGGAGCUGCCGCCCGUGCCGGACUUUGAGGCCCUCGGCAAGGCGGGCGGCGGCCAGGGCGGGGAUGGCAAGUGGGAGGAGUCCGACCCGCCCGCGGCGAUGCGCCGCGCCGCGCGCUCGCUGCAGAACUGGAAGUUUUAUAUCCCGCGGGAGGGACCGCUGGCCCCUGGCGUGCUGGACAUGUGGGCGCGCCUGUCGAGCGGGGAGCGCAUCGCGCAGGGCGCGCUGGCGUAUCUCGUGGACUCGUACCCGUACAACCUACACGAGUUCCUGGCCGCGCCUGAGCUGCGAGAGCUGCUCCAGGCGUCCCGUAAGGGCGAGGCGGCCGGUGACACCCCCGAGGGGAGGGAUCUCAAGGCCAAGGACGAGAACCGCGCCGGCAUGUGGUUCCCGACGGUGGUUAUGAACCUGGAGGUGAAGAAGGCGCUGCCGGAGGAAGGGGUCGAGUGGCUGGCUGUGCGCGUGACGUCGAAGCAGAUCAAGGACGGGAAGUUUGAUCUUGAUGUCUCGGUGAGGGAUGUGGAUGGUGAGCUGGUGGCGCUGAGCCACCAUGUUGCGAUGAUUUUGAGCAUUGAGAGGAACACGAGGAAAUCGAAGUCUUCGCUGUAG